AUGUCUCUGACCAAGACUGAGAGGGCCGUCAUCGUGUCCAUGUGGGGCAAGAUCUCCACGCAAGCCGAUGCCAUCGGCACUGAGACCCUGGAGAGGCUCUUCUCCAGCUACCCCCAGACCAAGACCUACUUCCCGCACUUCGACCUGCACCCGGGGUCGGCGCAGCUGCGCGCGCACGGCUCCAAGGUGGUGGCCGCGGUGGGCGACGCCGUCAAGAGCAUCGACGACAUCCCCGGCGCCCUGGCCAAGCUGAGCGAGCUGCACGCCUAUGUCCUGCGCGUGGACCCGGUCAACUUCAAGCUGCUGUCGCACUGUCUGCUGGUCACCGUGGCCGCGCGCUUCCCCGCCGACUUCACGGCCGAGGCCCACGCCGCCUGGGACAAGUUCCUGUCGGUUGUGUCCUCCGUCCUGACUGAGAAGUACCGCUGA